AUGUCUACGUACCGGUAUACUCAGCUACCUACCGGCUGUGUUCGCAUCCUUUGCCUUCAGCCGCAUCAAGAUAAGCAAUCUGCCAUCCGAUGUCAGCUAUCCGAUCUCGAGGUGCGAGACUCAGAAGGGCUUUGCCCCUACGAAGCGCUGUCUUACGUCUGGGGCUCUCCAAAUAAGCCUCACACAAUUGACAUCGAGGGCUAUAGCCUGUCGGUUGGCGCAAACCUUUACGCAGCUCUAUUAAGUCUUCGAUAUACCUCUCUUGAGCGUAUCCUAUGGGUAGAUGCCGUUUGUAUUGACCAAGCAAACAUAACUGAAAAGGAACAGCAGAUCCAGCUGAUGGCUGAGAUCUUUGCCAAAGCACGUUCAGUUAUUAUUUGGCUUGGAGAUGCGACAACCGCUGAAACCGAAGAUGCACUGGAGGAAAUCCGUGUUGUCGCGGCUAGUACAUCUGAUGGGGUUGAAAUAAGUAUGCCUGGAGAGGAGCCAAUCCUGGAGAUCCUUAAGCUUCCAUGGUUCAAACGUGUUUGGGUACUUCAAGAGGUAGCGGCGGCGCGACACGUUAUAGUCAAGCUCGGUCGCGUGGAAAUAGAUGGGGCUGUCUUCCGUCCGAGGCAAAUCGCUGAAAAGUCAGAAAGAUUCUCACUUGACAUAUGCCCUUUAAGCGAGCUGGUGGAAAUGUAUCACAACCGUCAAGCCACAGAGCGUCACGAUAAGGUCUAUGCAUUAUUUGGCAUGUGCUCUGAUGACCUCGAAGCUGCGGGAUUAGUGGUUGACUACAAGAUUCCAUGGAAUCGGCUCCUCCAAAAACUCGUCAAUUACAUUCUUCCUCAGUGCUUAUCUGUGAGCACCUGGAAUGAUAACCAGGUGGCCGUAAUUGUGACAUUGGUUCACGUUCUCGGAAAGGUUGUAUCGGUCAAUUCACGGGAAGAGAGCCAAAAUAUCAUGAUAGAUUGGAAGAGUCCACACAUCAAAUGCCACGAAACGUCAUCUUGGUGUAUAAAGGCAUCAAGCAAAUCUGCCGAGGUCGGAGACAUUGUCUGCCUUUUGGAUGGAUGUUCAAGGCCUACUAUUAUCAGGCUAUGUGGCAUGAAUUGGAUUAUCAUCUUUAUCUCAAUCACACCCGCAAUUAAACCUGCAGAACUUCCCCCCUUAUAUUAUGACAGAUGGGAUUGGCACGAACUCCUUGAAUCACUCGGCAAACCGUCUGUUGAAUUCGAACUAAUAUGGGAUUUGGACAUGGAGCGCGACCAAAGGAACCCGCCUCCUGCAAAUGUCGCAGCCAUGUCGCCUACAAAAACGAUCUCCAUUCAAAGGUCUAUGAGGGACUUUGAACGAAAGGAAACAUAUGUCUGGUUAAGGCAUAAUGAGAAGAAAUCCCUUUCCGAGAUUCAAUGUCGGCUUCGGGAGAUUAUUAAAAAGCUGGACAUUUCCACAGUGAUUUCUAAGUUGAAUCAUCCACUCUCAAGCGUCUAUCUUAAGGAAUCGAUUCAUGCCCUACAAAGCAUUCUGAUGGAAUGGCAGGCAUUCAAGGCAACACAAGAAGUUCAAGACCCAGGGGUAAAGAACGAGCUGGAAAUUGACCAUAUUAUUGACACCUUGCUCGGUAUCUAUGGCGGAUGGCUGCCAUUGAAAUGGGCAAUAGAUGACGGCCAUAUGGCAGUCGCCAGAUUAAUGCUGCACUUUGCUGACCCUAACGCUGGAAUUAAAUAUGACCUUACACCACUGGCAUGGGCAUCCAGCCAUGGAUAUGAUUCACUUGUUAAGCUACUGCUCGACACUGUCAAGGUAGCUCCAGAUUCUCAGAACAAGCGGGGUGAAACACCCUUGCUGUUAGCCGCCAAGUGGGGAUAUGAUACAGUGGUCGAGAAGCUACUCGAUACCGGCAAAGUUGAUCCAGAUGCAAAGGAUGACUCGGGAGACACACCGCUGCUGGUAGCCGUCUUCAGCAACCAUGUCGCAGUUGUCAAGUUGCUUUUGGAGACUGGUAAAGCCAAUCCAAAUGUCAAGAAAAAAGUCACCGCGCAUUCUUGGGUGGGACGAACACCUCUUAUAUAUGCAGCACAGAACGGUUUCUUGCAAAUUGUUAGACUUCUCCUUGAUAGCGAAGGAGUGGAUAUACAGUUCCGUGACGAGCAUGGGGGAACGUCAUGUGAAUGGGCUUUUGUAAAAGGGCACAAGGAAAUUUACAACUUGAUAGCGGAAAGACUAGAUAAAGAGUCGAGGGGAGACUUAGAGCGGGGACAGCACAACGUGAUUGUCUACCUCAUCAUUGUAGCAAUGGGGCUUAGCUCAGACGACAAUCAAGAGCUUCUCGUUCAGAUCUCACUCUCAACCUCAUCUUUACCAUCAAACACAAGUGAAUAUCCGCCAACGACCAUGGAGGCCCGGGGUCUCAAGCAAGACCUCACGACUCUUCUUUCCCAACACUUUCAGAUCGUCACCUCAAACUCCCAACGUCAAGAUCAAUGGUAUAAGCGCUCCUUACAAUCAUUCACCUUUCACCAUGGCGACAAAAGGCCGUUGAUUCUGGUCCCUCGCGAAUCGAGAGACGAAUGGGCGCCUCACGUACGUCGAUUUGCAUCUUCACUCGGCAGAAUGAUAGUGGCCGCCGAUGGAAAAACGAUGGAACAAUCGACAUCGGAUGCCAAGCUCUUCUCUGAUGAUGUCCUCGAUCAAGCGCAUUCGCAACCGCUUUGCCUCGCCGUAACCGACUCGAAACCGUUAUCACCGGAAAUGAUGCAAAUGUCGUGGUGGACCACCAAGACUCAACAUCCAGAUGACAAAGCUCGUCGGGUGAAGGGCAUCAAAGCCCUUAUUGCCUGUGGACAAACCGAGUCGCUACUUCGUCUGGCUUCAUGGCCCCAAACACAUCCCGAUCAAGUGUCUCAUCUGCAGAAGUACCAAUGGAGCUCGUUGAAUAAUGGACGGCAGACUGCUGUUGAUAAAAUAAUCGUCAUCAUGCUGUUUCUGGGCGUCACGGGCGCCUUCAAGGAAGAGUUACUCGAAAAAGACGGUCAAAAAUACUGGUUACCGGUCGCCUUUAUGAGUGACAAGCCACCAUUUACUUCUUACAUCGAGACUUUCGAUGGAAGGCUCCCUGCUACGGACGACGAGAUACAGCGAGAACUAAGGUCAUGUAUCCAAGCUUUACGUACAGCUCAAGCAUGGUCUUUAAGUAUCGAGACUCCCAUCAACUGGGAAGAGCGGAUCACGGACAAGUUCCUAUACAUUCUUGGUUUUGAAGCUUGGAACAGAAGUAGAGAGGGUGAGGGAUAUCUGGGCUGUGAUUUGAACAAGCCGAAAACUGCCAAGUCACUGCAAAGAAUCAGCCAGGACGACGAUGGGGAUGACGAUCCACCAGUUCGAGAAGCCACUAAGAAGUCGAUGGAUCCAUUGAAGCUGAGAGAGCCUAAAAAGGACGUGGAGGUAGAGCCUACUGAAGAGGAGAGGAUCGAGAUGAAUGAGCUUGCGGCGCUGGUGUCUAAUGAAGCAGACUAUGGACGCAAGCGAAGCACAAAGUAUUUGACCAAGAACAAGUAG